CGCGGCUUUAUAUUGGACUGUGUGUGGUGGAAGCAGUUAGCCGUAGCUCCAAUGUGCUUUCCCGUAAAAAAAACAAUAACACCUCGUUAAGUGUCCCGGCAACAACAACAACAAAAAAAGCAAACUACAUUAAUCCAAAAUGCGUGGCUCUUUCGCAGUUGGUUGGGGGUACACUUUUUUUUUUUAAAUCGAGGGCGCCACCUAGUGUCUAAAUUGCGAAACGUCUUCAGGGAUCCCCGGCAUUAAUAAUGAUCAGGUGCACCGUGUCACACAUGGAGUGGAUGUUUUUUUAUUUACAGCCAGGAAAAACUUUGGUUUAUUAUGUGUGUGAAGAUAGAAGAUGAAAUCACGUUGUUGUCUGAUGUGUCAAAUUUUCAAACUGGCUGAAAACUGGGCUGUAUAUAUACACUUUUACAAACCUGAUCCUAAUUUAAAGUCUUUUUUUUUCUUUAUAUCUCCACGUCUAAUCUAUUACAGAUGUUAUUGGUGAGUCGUUAGAGAUGUUAUACUUUGAUAUCGUGUUUGGCUGUUGAUCAAUGCACUUUCGUUCCCCCUGUUGUGUCUUCUGCGCUCCAGUAAGGUCUGAUGGACUCGGCGCGGACCACCCCUCACUGGGGUGCAGUAGUGGAGGAUAAAUAUAUCCCCCUCCUCCUCCUCUUCCUCCUUCUCUUCCUCCUCCUCCUCCUCCGCCUUUCGUCGAGUCCGCAACAUCCUGAGUGGCCGAGGCUGGUGGUGAUCGCAGGCAGCAGGCAGCGGCAAAGCCCCCCACCAGACGGAUGAAUUAGAGAGCCCUGCUGCACCUCACCCCCGCCAGCCCCCUUCUUCUUUUUUUAUUCAUUUAUUGUCUGUAUUGAAGAGUCGGGCUUGUAGACACUGCCAUCCUCUUCUUGACAGUGUGAAGCGGAUACAAGGCUCCCUGUGUGCAGAUCCACCAUGGGGAUCAAGGCUGCCCUCCCCAGAUAUGAGCUGUAUCUCUACACAGCUGUACUCGGCGUGGCCUUGAUAUGGGCAGGCAGUUGGAUGUUCGAAGCGUCGAGUGAGAAUGUAAACAGGAAGGCCUUCAAAGAAAGCGUGAAACCAGGAUGGCAUUACUUUGGCAGGAAAAUGGAUGUUGCGGACUUCGAGUGGAUGAUGUGGUUCUCUACAUUCCGCAAUCAUAUCCUUUUCGCUCUCACCGGUCACGUGAUCUUUGCCAAGAUAUUCACCCUGAUUGCCCCAAAGAUUGGUAUAAAUGGAUGUAAGCACAGAUCCUUGAUCUUUGGUGUGUACGGUGGUUUGGCAGUCCUGGUCACGAUGGGCUGGACUUUCAUGGCUCUGGUUCUGUCUCACUGCAUCAUACUCUACAGUGUUGCUCUGGUCAAGAGGAAAUGGAUGUGCUUUGCUGCCGGCCUGACCACACUGGCCUCCAUCAAGUUGGAGCCCUAUAACUCCUGGCAGGAAUCCUUGGUGACCGGCUCCUUUGACCUGCAAGACAUCCUGUUCUAUGGCGGCUGCGGCUUCAGCAUCAUGCGCUGUAUGAGCUUUGCUUUAGAGAACUGCGAUAAAAAGGACGGCAACUACACUUUCUGCAACCUGCUGAAGUACAACUUCUACCUCCCCUUCUUCUUCUUUGGACCCAUCAUGACCUUCGACAGGUAUCACGCGCAGGCGAACAACACCCAGCUGAACCGCAAGGAGAGGGAGAUGUGGAACAUCACCACCAAGGCUUUGUUGCACCUGGGAGUUAUUCUGGUGGUAGACGUCUUCUUCCACUACCUCUACAUCUUGACAAUCCCCAGCGACAUGAAGCUGGUCACCAAGCUGUCGGACUCGUGUCUGGCUGGCCUGGCUUAUUCCAACCUGGUGUAUGACUGGGUGAAAGCGGCUGUGAUGUUUGGUGUCAUCAACACCGUGGCUACACUGGACCACCUGGACCCCCCUCAGCCCCCCAAGUGUAUAACCAUGCUCUAUGUCUUCGCUGAGACGCACUUUGACCGAGGCAUCAACGACUGGCUGUGCAAGUAUGUUUAUGACUACAUUGGUGGGGAUCAUGAGAAAAUCUUCAAGGAAUUCUUGGCAACCUUCUGCACCUUCGCCAUCACCACCCUGUGGCUGGGCCCAUGUGAGCUGGUUUACAUCUGGUCCUUCUUCAACUGCUUUGGCCUCAACUUUGAGCUGUGGGUGGCCAAGUUAUUCUCCCUUCCACCCUUUUCUACCAUUGAGAGGGUUAUGGGUGAGGCUAUGUCGCGCCGGAUCCGCGGUGUGUUCAAUGCUGCCAACUUCUGGGCCAUCGUCCUCUACAACGUUCUCGCCCUCAACAAUUUGGAGUUUGCCAAACUGGUGGGCAGGAGGCUGAUUUUCAAAGGUUUUCCCCUGUCCAGCCUCUCAGUGUUGCUGGUGACCUACUGUGGCGUGCAGCUGGUGAAGGAGAGGGAGCGGAAACAGGCCCUGCUGGAUGACGCUGAGGCGGCGAAGCCUGUCAACGGCGGCAAGGAAAAAGCAGAAUAAACGAUGGUCAAACGUCAUGGUCAACAGCCCCGUCACAUUCUUCCAUCCUUGGCCUUGUGAACUGAAACAGACUGCAACAGCCAGUCAGCACCUCCGCUGGUCACGAGCCUGUGUUUUUAUUCUCUGCUUCUUGUUUGUCAGAAGCGAGGCAAUAUUUUGAACUGUGAAAUAUCUCAAUAAGUGCACUUGCUGUAGAUAACGGCAACAUCCUCUGGCACGAACCCACCGAUGGUGCAUUUUGUAUUUGUAUUUUAUCUGAACGAAAGAUUGUUUGACAAAUUAUAGGCCUGCUUAAUAUUUUAUAAUGCAAUACCAAAUAGUGUAGGCUAAACAAGGACAUACAGUAUUGAAAAGGAGCAACAAGUUCAUUUUAGUUUUUGUUUUUUCCAAAUUCAACAUGAUUUUAUUUUUAGUCACAGAGUGUCUCAGUUUUACAUUAGAUGCCUUAGAUCAUAAUCCUCAUCAUAGUCAACCACACUGAACGGGAUGGCGACUUGAACAAACUUGAAAUCAGGUGUCAUGAAUGAGUGCAAUGAAGAAAAUAAACGAAGGGUGCUGUGGCGAUCCUCCACAUGGCUUGCAGCUGAAUGUGAAGUAUUUUUGCUCAACUGUCGCAUAGCAAAAAUACAAGACACGAUUGUGUGGAAUAGUCUAUUUUAAUAUCAAUCUACAGUAGAAUUUAUUCAAUCUCUUAUAGUAUCGAAAAAUUGAAUGCAGUUGAAAUAUAUCCAGGGAACGACAGUUUACCCCACUAAUCUAACAUCUACAGGAGAUUACAGUAGGUGUGAUAUUUCAGGAUAUCUCUCUCUGCCCUCUCUUUCAUGAUCCAGGCCCUCAGUUCACUAUGAGAGGCAUCAGGCCUGGCAGGGACACAUGGCUCAGUUUUAUCCUGCCUGUCACCAAAACCUGCUGUGAGUCCUCAGUGCAGCGACUAACGGGGAAUGAAUUUGUGCAGCGUGUGACACCUUUUUCUCACAGUUGGGUUCUGAUUCAAAAAUGUUUAUUUCAAAAGUUUGACUUGAAAUAAAGUUGUGUUUUUAAUCCACAA